UACUAUCCAACAAGUAGAAUUUUAUGUAACAAGGCAGUACAUUUUGUUGUUGUAUCAAGUAUUUGAUUACAUAAGUUUACUGUGACUAGAACACUGACAAAUCAAGAUGUGACCACCAAAAAGAUGUCAAUACCUAGGCUGCCACCUGUAAGAAAUCAGAGCCAGAAGAGCUUGGUUACAUUUGAUAAUGAAGUUGAUCCACUAACGAAACAUGAACUAUUUGAGAAUGGUAGAGUGUAUAUUUUGAAUGACUCCAAUGUUCAGCACCAACUCCCUGCACCAACAAAACUGAGGCCAUAUAUAGAUAGAACAUCUGGUGAAAUGGAUACGUGGCCUGCCCACUCAAAUGCUUUAUCAUCAACUAACGACGAUGGACAGCAAUCAUUGAAACCAAAAUUUCUAUUAAAGUUAGAAGGUUAUCUACAAAAAGAAUUGAGAGCAUUAGGUUGCACUGACAAUGCACCAUCAGAAAAAAGACUACAGGCAUUUAGAGAAGUAUUUCAGUACCUCAUUGAGGAUUUUAAAACAUAUAAACCAUUGUUGUCUGUUAUUAAAAAUGAAUACGAAGCUAUGCUGAAUGCACAGAAUGAAGAGAUAAGAACUUUGGAGCCUCUUAAGGCUAUGUUAGUCAAUGUACACGAUCAAUGUGAACAGAAGGUUUUAAGUCUAAAGCAAGAAGAAAAAUCAGAAGUCCAUAACCUUAAAAAUGAAAAUGAACGACUGCAGAGCGUAAUAGCAAGCUUAAGGGAUGAAAUUGCUGACCUGCAAGCUCAAGUGAAAAAAUGUCAAGAUGAAGUUGCACACGAAUACCAGAGAUAUCGCGAUGAAAGUGAUGCAAGAAAGUUGUUGAUACAAGAUAUCAACGAUUUGAAAUAUCAACAAGAGGAGACAAAACGUGUGUUGUUAGGCGGUGCAGAUGAAGCUAGUAAAGGAAAGAAGGAAGAUAGUGUUAUGUUAAGGAUCGCACUAAGAAAAGCGAGAGAAGACUUAGACAGUAAGACGCAAAGGCUGGCAGAAGUAAUGGCAGAUUAUGGUGAUGUCAUUCCUCGGAGAGAUUUCGAGAAGUUGGAAUCUCGUUUUAAGGCAAUGGAAACUGAACAUGAUGUUAUGAAAAAAGAUCACGAAAAUUUAUUAAAUGAACAUAGUACUUUGAUAGAAAUUCAUAAAAAAGUGAUCGAGCAGAGAGAUAAUUUUGCGCUGGAUUGUGAAAGAAUGAGAAGAAGUGGCACGCCAAGGCCUGAUUGGGACAAAUGUGCCAUGUAUAUAGAAGGUGGUGUCGAAAGAUGGAAUGAGUUAUCAAAAGAAACCUCAACAAAUGACAAAGUUGACAUUCUAUUAGCAGAGAUAACUGGGCAAGAUAUCAACGUGAUUAAAAAUGGCGGCGGUGCUAUGGUGGACUUCUUUGAACCAAAGGGUAUAGAAGAUACGAUACCUAAAUAUUUACAAUCCAGUGAACGCGUUCGGAAUCGCAUGUUGAGUAAGCGAGACCUGUGUAUUUUAAUUAAAGAUGUUUGGCAAGAAAAGAUCAAAGCAGAAGGAAGUACUCCGUUUACUGAUCAUUCACCAAUGGAUGAAUUUCUGUACAAGUAUUUACAACGAAGGUUUAGCAUAGAAAGUAUGACCACGGAAUGGGGUUAUAACAUUCACGACGCUUUGACACGAUAUAGUGCUGACAGUAGCAUCAAUAUGUUUGCUGGUGUGUUGAAUAGGGAGCUGGAUGAAGAUGUGUACUACUCACAUUUGAAUCAACUUGAAGAAUUGUACCACAUGUUUAUGAAAGCAGAUGAAAAUGACACGGGUAUACUUUCCAAGGAAGAUUUUUCGCGCUGUUUAUCAAGUUUUUUCACAAGCUAUACGUCCGUAAAUCUUGCCAGCAUCAUAGCAUCUGUGGAAGAAGAGCUUGGUGAUAGUUUUACUGAAGAUAAAGUAACAUACAGAGAUCUUUUUACUGAGGAUGAUGAAGGAAAAAGCGGCCCGUUUAUCACCUGUCUACAACGAGUCAGUACAGAAGAAAGGAAAAACUAUCUAGCAGAGAUUGAAGAAAGUCUUCAUGAGAAAGAUGACGUCACAAUUGCAAAUUUGCGUCAAUUAUUUUUCUCCAUCGAUCCUAAGCUGGAUGAUCAACGAUGCGAUAAGUAUACCCAGCUUGCAUUUCGAUCCUCCUCCACAGAAGACAAAAUUUUGAACUUAUCCACAGCCAAUGUGAUGGAGAAUCUCCAAAGAAGUUGUAUUAAGCGAACUUAGUGUUUAAUGUAUUUGUUGUUUGAUUUCUGUCAUUUGUCGCUUGGUCUCAACUAGUUGUCGCUAAGUAGAUGAAGGAGUCGAACAUGGCCAUGGAAAAUAAAAACAAGGUUAUAAUUUCGUAUGAAGUGAUUAAUUAUUUGCUUAGUUAUAUAUAUAUAUAUAUAUUUGUAAGUUAUUAAAAUUGUAAUAUAUAAGAAAGAAACUAGUGUGAAGAA